AUGUGUGUGUGUGUGUGCUGGAGCGUCUCCUCCUUUCUUCCUCGCAGGGAUCUCGCAUCACUUGUGAGUGAACCCGGCGCCUGAGACGCAGAAGUUUUGCAGCUGGUCCUCGGAUCAGCUCGACCCGCGACCCCCGCACCGCGACCCCGCCGCCGCCUCGCCUCUCCCCGGUGCCGGUGCCUCCUCCCCCGGAUCCCCGCCGCCCCGGCUCCGUGGACCGCCUGAGACUGACUGGGCGUAGCUGGACAGGACCUGUGACUGACUAAGCCUCACCGUCUCCAGAAAGCCUCGAGAGCUGUGGCCAUCCUGACAGAUCCAAGUCCAUCAGGCCUGCCUCGCAGAGACAGAACACUACCAUUCAAGGGGAGAUGAAGCCCGAUGGGGUUGCCACGGCAGCGCUGGAGCCAAUGGAAACUUUGGAAUCCAACCCAGUAAACGAAGCGGCGCCGCCCACAGAGCAGCAGCCAAACCAGGCUGCCGCUGCAGCGGCGGAGGAGGAGAUGCCACAGCAGCCUGUGGGAGAGACGGGUCAAGGGGAGCCGCAGGCCAACCCGGCCAAGGGGUCUCCGGCUGCCAAGACCGGCAGCAAGACCUCAGGAGACCCCAAAGCCAAGGCGACCAACAAAGGCCCGGCCAAGACGAAACCCAGCGCCACCAGCUCUCCCAAGACCCUCGCUGGCCCGCGGUCAAACACAAUCCAGAGCCGUAUCUCCAACGGCACGUCUAAACCUCAGACUAACGGCGUGGCGAAGAAGGCUGCUCCCGCAGCGGAAAAGAAGAGCACCCCGACCUCAGCUCCUUCCAAAAAGCCAGCGGGCACAGCCGGGGCCCCGAUCUCCAAGAGCACCAGUAAAGUGGGUGAGAAGAAAGCUACGGGGCCCGCCCCGGCUACCAACGCUGCAAAGUCAACAACCGGAGCACUGGCAGCCAAAAAGACAACAUCCACAGCUGUUAAUGGUGUGAAACCCAGCACCGCCGCAGCUGCCAAAAAGCCCCCAGCUUCCAGGCCUGGCUCUGCAGCUCCCACCAAGCCUAGCUCCGCCGCCUCAGCCAAAUCUGACAAGCCCCCUGUUGCUAAGACAACCAGACCCACGACGGGCACAUCGGCACCGUCUCGUCCUGCAACUGGAUCGUCUCUGGCAGCCAAAACCUCAGCUACAUCAAGACCUGCGGCCCCAAAAACCAGCGCUGCCAAGCCUCCUACUCCCAAAUCCUCCUCCACCACCCCCUCUGGUGGCAAAGCUCCAGCAUCACAGACUUCCAGGACCACGACCCCCGUGAAAAAAGAUGUCACCAAACCAUCCACUCCAGGAGCCAAGAAGCCCACAGACUCCCCCCUUUCCCGUCCUUCCUCCACAACGAAGUCGGCUAAACCUGAAACGCCUAAAUCAUCUUCGAAAACAGAAACCGCUGCCAAAAAGCCUUCUGCAACUAAGGGUGCAGAGACAAAGACGCCCACCCGCUCCAAAACCCAGGACAGUAGGCCCACACCGUCCAAGGAUGCCUCCAAGACCACUAGCACCAAAACAGCUGCAACCAAGUCCAGCCCCAAGAAGACGGUGGGGAGCAGCACCCCCACCCCUGUGAAGCGCGGCCCCAAACCCAGCACCGCGGCUGAGCCUGCUAAGGAAAUCGCGGCAUCAGUUGCCGCUGCGGCGGCCAUCGCUACUGCGGCAGCGGCCAUCGCUGGACCAGGGGAGGUACCUGUGGAGCCAUCGGUCCCAAUGCUUGAAGCGGUGCAGGAUAAGGUACCAGAGACCUCAGGAGAGCCCGGUCCUAAACCAGAAUCUGUACGUGAGCCCGAACAAGAACUUGUACAGCAGGUAACUGUGCAAUCAGUACGGGAACCGACACCUGAACCCGUCCGGGAACCGACACCUGAACCCCCACGGGAACCGACACCUGAACCCGUCCGGGAACCGACACCUGAACCCCCACGGGAACCGACACCUGAACCCGUCCGGGAACCGACACCUGAACCCCCGCGGGAACCGACACCUGAACCCCCGCGGGAACCGACACCUGAACCCCCGCGGGAACCGACACCUGAACCCAUGCGGGUACCAACACCUGAACCCAUGCGGGUACCAACACCUGAACCCAUGCGGGUACCAACACCUGAACCCAUGCGGGUACCAACCCCAGAAUCACUACGGGAACCAACCCCAGAAUCCUUAAGGGAACCAACACCUGAACCCAUGUGGCAACCAAGCCCAGAACCCUUAAGGGAACUAAGCCCAGAACCCUUAAGGGAACCAAGCCCAGAACCCUUAAGGGAACCAAGCCCAGAAUAUUUAAGGGAACCAAGCCCAGAACCCUUACGGGAACUAAGCCCAGAACCAGUGUGUCGACCAACAGCCGGAUUUCUGCAGGAACCAGAAUACCUGCGAGAACUAACCACGGAAGUGAAGCCGUUCCAUGCAGCAGAACCUGCUCAUGAGCCAAGUUCCCAGCAGUCCUGGGAAACGUCUCCAGAGUCCCCAGCAGAACUUUCUCAGCCCUCCGUAGAUGCCGAACUGGGAGCCGAUCUAGUCCACCACCCCGCCUCCAGGGUACAGAUGUCAUCCCAGAUGGAUUGUUACAGAUUUGAAGAGUCUGGCAACGACUCGGUUCCUUCCCUGGGAACCACCGUCAUGUCUCCGCCCUGCUCCCCCACAGGCCCCGCCUCCCCCGUCAGACAACCACACAAUGCCUCUUAUCUGUUGGAGAUGGAUGUGAAAAGCGACGAGGGGUAUCAAGCACAGGAGACAUGGCAGAAAGAAGAGGAGGAAGAGGAGGAUAAGGAGAACAUGUUUCUGCCAACAGCCGCUCCGAGGGCGUUCGAUGCCGCUGCCCAACCUCACUUUCUGGGGACUUCACCUCUGGAGGAUUUCACCCCUCAAGGCCUGAUUUCCCCUCACGACAAAGAGGAGGCGGUGGAGAAGGCGGACCAGGAGAUCAACGAGGACGUUGACUACGACGAGGAUUACGACGAAGAGGACGAACAGAGGAGGCUGGGCCAUCAGCUGUCCUCCAUGAUCACGGACAUGAGCAUGUCUCAGCCCUCCGACGAGCUGCAGGCCCGGUCCUCGGGCUUCGGGGGCUCGGCCGGGUGGCACGGCGACGACGUGCUCUCCGGGAUGGACUCGGAGGACAUCAGCAGCUGCACCAGCAGCCGGCAGCAGGGCGUGUCGGACGUCAGCAGCACGCAGCACACCGCCAUCCUGGAGGGCACCCAGAGCUCGGACGCCCUGGUGGACUCCAGCCUCCGGGGCUCGGAGGGGGACUGCAACCUCAUGGGCUCCCCCAACGUGGAGACCCUGGCCAACGAGGAGGAGGAUGAGGACGAAGAUGAAGAGCGGGUGGAUGACAUGGACAUGAGCUCGGAGCGAGUGGAGGAGCAUCACAAGGUGUUCCGCGGGGAGGAGCAGGAUGAUGAGGAGGACGAGGAUGUUGAGAUGCACAGCGAGGGAGUGACGGAGGCCUGUGGGAAUGUAGAAGAAGACUUUACUCAGGAGGAGAAUUUAAACCUUAGUCACGCUGGUCCUGCAGCGUUCAUGCCCCCGGCCUCUUCCUGGGGUCAGAGCAACCCCUUCUCCGACCCGUGGGCCCAGACAGCCUCCCUGCUGUCGGGCUCCUCCCCCAGCCCCAUGUCGGACCACGGCGCCGCCGACUCCGAGACGCCCACCCAGCCCCCCGCCCAGGCGCGUUUGGACGGCAGCGCCCCCCCCUUUGCCCCCGAGUCGGAGCACGAGCCGCAGCUCGCUCAGGGCGCGGCCCCCGGAGAUGGCGGCGAGCUGCUGGCCGCCCCAGCCGUGGGCAUGUCCCAGUCCAGCACCCUGAGCGGCACGGCCCUGGCCGCCCACAGCAGCAGCGAGACCAGCACGCCCGAGGAGCUGCGCGACUACGACAGCAGCUCCGGGGUGGAGUCCCACUCGGACAAGCAGCAGACCCCGGUGCCCGCCCCCCUGCAGCCGGACAUGGAGCAGGACCUGGGCAUCCACCUGGAGAAGGGGGACGGAGAGGAGGAGGAGGCGGAGACCCUGCCCGCCGACGAGGUCCUGGGGACGGGACCCCCGACCGCUCCGGCCUCCAAUCCUUCCUCCCCGUCCACUUCGGGCGACGAGGCCAGCGACACGGAGGGCGAGAUGCAGAUCAACGACCCGGAGGCUCCCAUGGUGGUGGAUGACGGUGCCGGAUUCGAGAGCACCACCCCCACCAGCGGCCUGGCGGCUCUGGACGAGGACGAGGAGGUCGGGGACGCUCUCGCCGGAGACUGCGAGGAGGACGGAGGCGGGGCCACGCCCCAGUCGGCCAACUCGGUGGCAUCCUACGGCUUCGACUGCACCAACUCCAACUCCAACGCCCACUCCAUGGCCGAAAGCUGCGGGAAGAGCCCCGGCAUCUUCUCCCUGGAGAACGAGGAGCAGCUUCCAGAGGAGGCCAAAGACCCGUCGCUCAUCAAGGAGCUGACGCUGCCGUCGGCCGCCGCCGCGCAGGCCGAGGACCUGCUGGGCAGCUCCGUGGACCUGAUGCCCCUGGGCCACCCCGAGGACAGCUAUGCCAGCUGGGACGACCACCGCUACCUGCUGGGGGGGAAGCUGGAGGAGGCGGACCCCCUGGGGGCCGGCCACGACUCCCAGGAGGCCGCGGAGAGCCAGCCGGCCUACUACUCCACCAUAUGUGAUAAGACUGAUAGUUUCCUGGAAGGAGACGAGAAGAGCUCUGAAGAGGCCGAAGAUUACACGUGGCAAACCCACUCCCAGGAAGACAACCGGAACCAGAACCAGGCCGCCACCUCUCCCGUAGCCUGCGGCCAUUACCUGGCCUUGGUUCCGGGCAACAGGAGGCCCAUUGAUCCCACUCUGGCCGAGCACUUUGCCACGAUGGCGCCCCCUCUGGCUCUGACGGAGGCCGACGCCGUGCAAUGCAGCCGUCCCACUGAGGAACAGAUGAGGAGGCUGCAGCAGCAUCAGGACCAGCUGAGGGCGGCCCAGCAUCGGCAGGAGCAGGAGAGGCAGAAGAGGCAGUGGCUGGAGGAAGAGCGGCUCAGGCUGGAGCAGCAGAAGCAGCUGGAACAGCAGCGGCGGGAGCUCCUGCAGCUGCAGAUGCAGCAGCAGCAGCAGGAGCAGCGCCACCGCCGGCACGUCCUGCAGUGGCAGCUGGAGCUGGAGCACCAGUACCGGCUGCAGCAGAAACACAUCCAGCAGCAGCAGCAGCAGCUGAGGAGGAGCCCCACCGGAGUCAUGCUGUCCCCGUCAUCCGGGCUCUGCACCAUCUACGAAGCCAUGGAAACCAGCGAGGAGGAGGACGACGAGGUCGGAGGGGAGCGGAACAGGAAUGCACGCUUGGCCCGGAGGAAGAGCCGACCCCCUCUAGACGUGCAGGGCCUCCAGAGGCAGCUGAGGCCCGUACCCCCGCAGGAGCUGCAGUGGAACCAGAAGGUGGACAUGGUCCAGCAGCUCAUCAAUCAGACCCUGAUCCUGUCCGGAGACGGGAGCUGCCCGCCCCUGCUGCUGCUGCCCGUGGGGACGGGGGGCACCCUGAGCCCCUUGGAGAGCAGCAUGUGGCCCCAUCUGCCGGCACAGUUCAGCCCCCCCUCCGCCACCGUCACCUCCGUCAGCAGCUACUCCCCGGACAGCCGGGGCAGCUCCCCCUCCGGGGACUGGACCGUGGUGGAGGUGGAGACCCAGCACUAGACACCACACUGCAAAAACUCAAUCUUACCA